UUAUGAUUUAGUUGCUCUUCAACUUUUCAUGACAAACAUUAGAAGUUUGGUCUUAAUUGUGAUUAGAAUUAAGUUAUUUUUUUAAUUGUUCCAAAAAUAGAUGAAUUGUUACGUUCGAUUGGUAGGGUUUCUUUUGUUUGGUGACAUUUUGUUUAUCUCUUUGUGACCUUUUCAUUUUGUGUCAUUUACUUGUAUUGGUUACUCAAUGUUUCUUUUGGAUUAAAUUGAUUUGAAUUGAUUAGCAAGUGAAUCAAUUACUGGUUAUUAGUGAUUUGUCCAUGUUAAUUGUUCAGACACCGGUUUGCUAAUUAAUCAAUAAAUCUGUUUGUCAGUAAAUUAAUCACCUUUUUUUUACGUUCUUUAUAUAUCAAAGAAAACGGGUUUUUAUAUCAUUUUGGUAACUUGGUACCGUCCUCGUAAUGUUAAUUAUGAUGAUGAUGAUGAUCCUUCCGGAGUAAACCGUUAUCUCAUAUUUAAUGUUUCACUGUUACAUUAAUUUUCCACUCCACCACCACCACCACCACCACCGUGUGUACAACAGCAACAAUUAUAAAAUUGUUUACCUGAUGAUGGGAAUGAUUUUGAUGCUGAUAAAGUUACAUUGUGUUGCCAUUUAAAUUGUUUAUCAUCAUAAUGACAAUGUUUAACGUGUUUACCGUCUUGUCCACUAUUCAACUGACCAUAUCUUGAAGUUGAUGAUUUUACCCUUUUGACCCAAAUGUUGAUUUCUGUUAAAUCAUCAUCAUCAUCUUCUCAACCACUUAUCAAAUUAUCCUUGGUGGUUAUUGAUUAAAUCGAUAAUGAACCGUUGGGCUCGUCGAUAUUAUCCUUUGAUGAUCACAACAAUUAGCUUAACAUUUGUUUAUUUCUAUAGUAAAGUGACACUUGAAAAUGAAAUUAACGAUCAUUCUGGUCAACCUGAAGAUGUUAAUCAACCUGUUAUUUACCAGUCAAAUAAUUCAUUCAUUACAAUUAAUGAUAAACAUAGAAAGUUAAUCAAUCCAUAUAAACCAAUGAGAUUAUUUCAACGUUCAUCUUAUCAGAUUGAUGGAGAUAAACCUUACAGGGAUAGUGUAUCUCACUUAUUAGAUAUGGAUAAUUUUACUUUUAUCAAAAAUUGUUCAACCAAAUGUUUACCAUCAACAUCAUCUUUUAAUCAGUCAACAACUUCAGACGAUCUUCCAUCAUCAUCAUUUUCAGAUGAAAUUAAUUUGUUAGCUUUUGUUCAUUCUGCUCCAUUUAAUUUUGACAAAAGACGGAUUAUCCGAUCUACUUGGGCUUCUCGUCGUGUUCAACAUCUUCUCGGAAUAAAAGUGAUCUUUCUUCUUGGUGUUACUAAUUCGUCUUCCCUUCAAUCAGUAAUUGACACCGAAUCGGCACAAUUUGGUGACCUGGUUCAGGGUAAUUUUGCCGAUACCUAUGCCAAUUUAACUUAUAAACAUUUAAUGGGUUACAAAUGGGUGUUAACCUUUUGUCGUGAAGCAAAAUUUAUCAUGAAAAUUGAUGAUGAUGCUUAUGUUGACAUUUUCCGAGUGGUCAGUUUCCUUCGGACAACAUUUCAUCCUCCACCGACAACUGGUAACAAUAAUAAUAAUAAUAAUAAUAACGGUGUUUCCUCAUCACCCAUGGGAAUAAUUAGCUGCUCCAUGUUCCCAGAAGGAGUUUCCGUUAAAAGAAAAGGUAAAUGGAAACUGACCCAUAAAGAGUAUCCCUUUGAUGUUUUACCUGCUUACUGUUCCGGAAUUGGAUAUUUUAUAACACCCGAUGUAAUUCAAGAUCUUUACAAUAUUUCACCAUCGAUAAAACCUUUCCUAUGGAUUGAUGAUUUAUUUAUCACUGGAAUUCUGGUCGCUCAUUUACCUAUUCGCCAUCAACCAAUUAACUUUAAAUUUACUUACGAUCCAAAUGACCUGAGAAAAUGGUUAAAAUCAACUUCAGAUCGUCGACCCUCCCCAUACAUUAUUGGGGAUAUUGGUGAUGUUUCCGAUUGGGAAUCAUUCAUGAUUAAACUGUGGGAAAAAACGAGUAAAUACUUAAUUUCUUGAUUUGAAAAAGAAUCAAAAAGGAAAAUUAUGACCACCACAAUACAAAUCAAUCAUAAUCAACUCAUUGAUUUAUGAAUUUUGAUCAUCUCCAUUCCCAAGUCUCCAACCAAACACAACAGAAUGACAAUGAAGAUCAGCAACGAUCCCCAGAUGAUUAAUAAUAAUCUGGACUCUGAAUUUGUUUCAAUGGUUAAUUUUAUCGGAUGAAAAUUGUGUUCAAAUGAUGUGGUUACAUGGUACAUGGGAAUUUGCAACGAUAACAAAGAUGCAAAGAAACAUAAUCGAUGAUGAAUUGAAUUGCCCCUGUAAACAUGGAGAUGAUUUUCUCUUGCAAAGCGAAACUAUAAAAAAAUCGUCUAUCUAAUUCAUCUUAUUGUUUCUCAACUCUUUUGGUACAACUCUGAAGUCUCUCUCUCUCUCUCUCCUUCACGGACCAGUUAACCCCUUUGGGUGCAGUGUGUUAAAUUUGAUUGUUGACUAUUGUUGAUUUUUUAUUGUUUUUCAAAUGUCUCUGAUAUAAAGACUCUCUCAUGGAUUCAUGAUGAUAAAAACAAUAUUCACACUCAUUAUGAGACCUUUUAUCUCUAUGGAAGUGGUUUAUUAACAAAGAAACAAAUGAAAGGAGCUGAAGUAAACAAAAUCCACUGUAUACCUAUUACAUGAUAUGGCGUUAACGUGUGUCUACAUUCAUCUUAUUCUUCUGGUCUCUUUUGUUUUAAUAGAAAGAAAAGACAAUUACAAUCAAGAUGAACAAUAAUUGUUGAUGAAAUGGAAACAAUUAUUGUCAAGAGAGAGAGAGGAAUCAAAGUAAAGAUCUUGGAACAAAAGGUUCCAUGAUAAAAGAAGAAGACAAGAAGGAGGAUUAAGACGAUGGCGAAAAUAUAAUUAACAAAUAACUUGAAUUACUUCAAGAUCAUGAUAUGAAUGAAUUUCUUAAAAGUUGAUCUUUUCAAGUGAUAACAAUUGGAUUAACAAGAACAGGAAACUUUUCAUCAUCAUCAUCAACAACAGUUUCAUCCUCCACUCACUUGUCAAUGGUUUGGCUUUGCAAUCUGAUACUCAUUCAUUGCAAAAGUAUCAUCUUAUUAUUCACCAGCUUCAAGAUGAUCAUGAUAAAAGAGUAAAUUAUCAUCAUUAACCAUCAACUGUCAUCACAAUUGAAUUAACUUGUUAAUUAUGUUGACUUUACAUCUAUAUAAAUAUUUUAUAUAUAUAAAUUGUUACUUGUUAAUUUAAAAUUUAUAUUGUUAUAUAUAAAAAAGAUUACCCGUUGAUUUACAAUGCAGGACAAUCAAAAAAAGAUUUAAUUUUAAAUUUUCACUUGACUCUUACCUGUCAUAUUUACCUGGUCCUUUUUUACAGAUUAUAUUCAACUUUGUAAACUUAAA